GAAAAUGAAAAGCAGUAGAUACCCAAAGAGAAGACCCAGCACCCCAACCUCACUGCUGCCUCGUGUUUUCUUCCAGAGCCUUCAACCAUGGCCUCCGACCACCAGAACCCUGCAGGCAAGGGGCACCCUUUCAGCCCCAAGAUCAUCAUCUUUGAACAGGAGAAUUUCCAGGGCCGCUCGCAGGAGUUCAGCGGGCCCUGCCCCAGCCUGAAGGAGACAGGCCUGGAGAAGGCGGGAUCCAUCCUGGUGCAGGCCGGCCCCUGGGUAGGCUAUGAACAAACCAACUACAAGGGGGAGCACUUCGUGCUGGAGAAGGGCGAGUUCCCACGCUGGGACGCCUGGACCAGCAGCCGGAGGACCGACUCCCUCAGCUCCCUGAGGCCUGUCAAAAUGGAUAGCCAAGAGCACAAGAUCAUUCUCUAUGAGAACCCCAACUUCACGGGGAAGAAGAUGGAGGUGCUGGGUGACGACGUGCCCAGUCUCCACGCCCACGGCUUCCAAGAGAAGGUGUCAUCGGUGCGGGUGCUCAGUGGGACGUGGGUCGGUUACCAGUACCCUGGCUACCGAGGGCAGCAGUUCCUGUUGGAGAAGGGGGACUACAAGGACAGCACUGACUUUGGGGCCCCUCAUCCCCAGGUGCAGUCAGUGCGCCGCAUCCGUGACAUGCAAUGGAACCCACGAGGCACCUUCCACCCCUCCAACUAG